AUGAGCCGUAGAAGUUGGUUGUUAACGGGAACCGGGUUGAGUUCGAGUGAGGUAACGGAUCAUCCACUGACACCAUCUUUGAUAAAAGAUCUGUGCUUUCGGUUAGUAGCUAGGAGAAGAAGUUGGAUGGGUUUGGGUGAUGCUAGAAAGAGAAGAGAGUCAUUAGAUCCAUCAAUGGUUAAGAAUCAUGUUCAUGACAUGAAACUACAUGUUUCAAGAACUAGAAGUUAUCCUGCUGCUUCUCCUUCUCCUUCUGUGAGGAGCUGUGGAGUGAUAGAGGAGAAGUCAAGUGGUAGAGCAAGAAGAAGAGAUGGUGUAGUUUCACCAUCUCCAAAAUGGGCUAAAAGCUUAAGCUAUGGAAGUGGAAGUACCAAGACAAUACCCUUGAAUCCUAGGAUUCGAUAUCGAGUAAAAGAAGCUGGACAGAGACAGAGAUUCUCUGGAACUCACUUCCCACCAAAAGUUGUUAACCUAGGAAAGGAGAUUCUGAGACAGAGAGGUAAGGCUAUUCGCGUGGCAUCUCAAGCUUUGUUAGAGGCUUCAGCUGCUGAAAGAUUGUUCAAAUGUCUAAGGUCAUUCUCGGAGCUUUCUGAGAAGAGAAACCAACACCAUUAUAAUCAACAGCCACCAAUAGGAGAGUUCUUGAGUUUCCAAGAUAAAUUAGUGGCUAAAGAAUACAGUCUGUCAAUGGUCGAGCAUGUUAAGACUAUUGAGAACCGUUGUGGCAACUUUGGAGCCUCGAAAGAUGUUAAGUUCGGUCCUCGUGGCUCCAAGGAGAUUUCUUUCAAUGCUAGACGCUCAUCCACGUCCAAAGAAGAUAGAGACGAUGAGGAUGGAGAUGGUCAAAGAAACAAGAGGAGAGGAGUCCAGUCUCUUGGACUGAAACAAGAUGUUGUUAUAGGCAGUUUUAGAGGUAGAGGUUGUGGCGGUUUUAGAGGGAGAGGAGGUGGUGGUUCCCGGUGA